AUGCGCCGAGAUAUCGUAUAUGCAGCUGGUGAAUCGCCAAUACGACUAUGGCCCGUUAUUGCUGGCAUCAUUGUCGGCGCUGUCAUUCUCUUAGCUAUUCUAGCUUGCGUGUUCAACUGUUUAUGCUGUGGAUACCAAUGCUGCAAAUGCUGUUGCAGUUGCUGUUGUCCCUCAGGCCAGCGCAGAAACAAAUCGCCCAAAUACCAAGACGAGCCUCAAGCAAACAACAAUCCUUAUCAAUUUCAGGCUCCUCUGCAAAACAAAACUCCCUAUCCCCAACCCCAAACUCCCCAGAACCGUCAAUCCUCAUUUUCUACCCAGGAUAGACAUACUCAAUAUCCUAAUCAGAGCGUCACUAACAUACAACCGACACCUCCACUCGCGCCGCAGUAUCGCCAAACAGCCCAGUUCGAUAUAUCCCAGCCUGCAGCUGCAGCACUUGGAGAUGACGCCCUCCCUGAAAUGCCCACAUGGGCAGGCGCUACCAAAAAGCGGAUAGAACAUGAUCCGGGCGAGGUAGAGAUGGCGCUCAUGAAACCUAUAAACAGCAACCAGGGCGUUGGCACGUCUGUCCACCCAGAUGGAUAUAGAGGAUUUGGCCCUACAGCCCCAUAUGCAAGACGCCCAUCCGGAUCUACACUAGGAUCUCAAGUACCUGUCGCUACCGAAGACCCCUAUGCCAGACGUCCAUCAGCGUCAGGACUACCAACUCAAGACCCGUACGGCCGACGACCAUCUGGCCUAGUACCAUCAGGCGCAGUAGACCAAUACGGCCGCCGGUCUCCGGGACCACAAGCCGCAUACAAUACAUCCUCUGACCAGUACGGCCGCCGGUCUCCAGCACCACAAGCCGCAUACAAUACAUCCUCUGACCAGUACGGCCGCCGGUCUCCAGCACCACAAGCCGCAUACAAUACAUCCUCUGACCAGUACGGCCGCCGGUCUCCAGCACCACAAGCCGCAUACAACACAUUCCCUGAUCAAUACGGCCAUCACUCCACAGGCCCAACACCGUAUGGCCAAGCCCUAGAUCCAUACAGCGAUCCAUACGGCCGCCACUCUCCAAACCCAGCGGGAUAUUCACCAGCUGCAUCACCAGGGCCAGGACUAGUACGAGGCCUAGGCCAAAACCAAACAAUGAGCCCAUAUGGCCCACCCCACGACCACCAAGGUUCAAACUCAGGCUACAGCCCUAGCGGCGGAAACGAAUACUACCCCAUAACAACAGCAUCACCAAUAGAAUACCGCAACGUACAAACAUCGCCCGCACCCUCCUACAAAGCCUUCUCACCAAUCUCUGAACCAGGCCAAGCAGCCGGCUUCUCGCGUCAGUCCUCCCUCAGCUCAAAUCAAUAUCCGCCCUCUUAUCAUACGCAGCCUCCGCUUCCUGCUUUGGGCUCUACGCACCAUAUGCCUUACCAGGCUUAUAGUAAUGACCCGCUUAUUGCUGAGCCGAGUAGGAAUCGUCCGCCGAGUUUGUUGCAGAGCGGGCGGAAGCCGGUGCCUAAUACGUUCCGCGCUGUUUAA